UCGGGUUGUUUGUUUUUUCGGAGGGGAGAUCAGGGACGACGCUUUGCUGCUCCUCUUCCUCUUUUGGAGGGAUUUUUGGAAGGGCCCAUUUCUGUCUCCCCCCUUUUGCUCCUCUUGGCUCAGCCCUUUCCUGAGAUAAAGACAAGGGGCCUUUUUGCAUUCUGCCACUUUACCCUUUGGCUUCGGCCUUCACCUCUUCGAGCGGCUUCUCCCCUUCAAGGAACUCUCAUAGCAGUCGCCAAGUGACCUGAGUGAGUAUUUGAAACAAGAUCUCUACCCAGUUCAGGUCAGGAAGAAUGAGCCUGCGGAAACAAACUCCAAGUGAUUUCUUGAAACAAAUAAUUGGAAGACCAGUUGUUGUAAAGCUAAAUUCUGGAGUUGAUUAUCGAGGAGUGCUAGCUUGCUUGGAUGGAUACAUGAAUAUAGCUCUGGAACAGACAGAGGAAUAUGUAAAUGGACAACUGAAGAAUAAAUAUGGAGAUGCUUUCAUCAGAGGAAAUAAUGUGUUGUAUAUAAGUACACAGAAGAGGAGAAUGUGAGCCUACAAGAAGAUGAAAUAUUUCGUUUUGCAACUUUAGUUUCUUAAAAGUUUUGUUUAUUACCUGUAAUCCUUCAGUGUACAAGAUUAUUACAUUGUGCCAUAAAGUUACAUGGUCUGUAUAAAAAGUUGAUAUUUUUAUAUGUAAAAACAAAUUGGAACUUUUUCUUAGUUUGGAACAAUUUUUUCUGUUGCGAUUUGAAAUGAAAUAAAAAUGGAAAAUAAUCUGA